AUGGAAAAAGGAUACUGGCAUCGAGGUCCUUCAUCACUUUACCGGAUUACAAUGAUUUCACUUGUGCGUCAGAAAUGGAAUUUGGCCUUUAUAAAAACUCUUCCUGGACACAUAAAAGAAGAUUUGUUGCAGCUAGGAAUAUUAAGAAGAAGAGUGAAUAGUGAUCUGGGUCUCAGUGAAUUUCUACAUCCCAACGUAAUGAGAUUGGACACAUUUCAUUGCGAUAUAUCUAGUAAAGAUUUGUUGGAGAUAUCUCGAUGUCGCCGGUUGAGACUUUUGGUAAUGAAUCCACCAAGAUACUAUAGAUUCAGCCAUUCUACUCCCAUUCUCAAACAGAUGUUUUCAAAUCUCCCCUUCCUGGUUAAGUUGCACAUCACAAAUAACGAUGGAGUGACAGAUGACGUAGUAUCUGUCAUUACAAAGACUUGUAAUCUAGUUCAAGAGUUAGAUCUGAGUGGAGACUAUAAUCUCACAGAUGCAGCGACAGAUAGUCUUGCACGAAUGUGUAAUUUGAAAGCUAUCGAUCUGUCCAACACAAACAUAGGAGACCGUGGCCUGAAAACAUUGAGUCAAGGACCACAUUCAAAAAUGAUCUCCCAUCUUAGGCUCAACCACUGCAAGAACGUUUCUGACGAUGGCAUAUAUGCUCUAAUACAGGGUUGUGAGAAUUUACUGAAACUCAUUGUGUGUGGAUGGCCAAGAGUUUCUAUAGAGUGUCAACUAGCUCUGAAUACAUUUCUGAGCAGACAAUCAACAGAAAAAAAUACAUCCAUGUAA